CGUCCAGGCCAGGUGUGGGGGGCUGACGUCCAGGCCAGGUGUAGGUGUGGCUCUACAGACACAUCAGAGGCACGCUCCUGUAGAAGUUGUUCUGCUGAGCAGAACAUGUGCAUCCUGAUUUCAGUAACCGUCCCCAAAGGGGCCCAACAAAAGAAGGGGGCCCCGCUUAAUGACUGUGAGAUCCCUCGGAACGAGAGUUCGGACAGUGCGCUUGGGGACAGCGAGAGCGAAGAUGCAGGGCAGGACGUCCACAGGCAGAGUGAUAGCGACACCUACUACAAAGAUGAUCAUGAGCCAGAUGAGUGGCAGGAAGAGGUGGAGGUCCCCUUCCCUGGGUCAAAGUUGGUGGAGCAUUUCUCCAAACCGAGCAUUGCCAACUUUGGGAGGUCACUGUUCGGAGGGUACUGCACAACCUAUGUGCCGGACUUUGUUCUGCAGGGGAUGCCCAACGAUGACAAACUCAGGCAGGGCCUCAUGUCAGAAUUAGCCCACGCUGUACAGCAUCCAGUGUUGGAUGAGCCCAUUGCAGAGGCGGUCUGCAUUAUCGCAGACACUGAUAAGUGGACGGUGCAGGUAGCCAGCAGCCAGAGACGAGUCACGGACAACAACAAACUGGGGAAGGAGGUCCUGGUGUCCAGCCUUGUGUCCAGCCUGCUCCAGUCCACCCACCUGCUUUACAAGAUGAACCUCUCCCCCAACUUUUAUUGAGUCCAGUGACCUACCCCUGCUGGCCGCGGUGGCAAGCACUCACUCUCCCUACGUGGCCCAAAUACUGCUAUAAUAGAUGGAACCAAAGCCAGAGGUGGCGGGUGACUGUGGAUUGGAGCAGCCGGAUACUGUGCUUCACCCUGGCCCAACACGUCGGCUUGACCCUGUUCACCGACGCCCUGCUGAUGCUCUGAGAGGGCCGGUGCAGUGCAGAGUCUCCUGGACAAGGUGUGCAUCCCAAAUUGCAUACUAUUCAGAAGUUGUACACUAUGUAUGGAAUAGGGUAUCAUUUGAGAUGCAGAAGGGCCUCAUGGAUGAAUCUGAGACCUCAGCUACUGCUGCUGCCACUGGGCAAACAGACAUACUGGGCAUACAGACAUACUGCCACAAGGGGACAGCUGAGUCCAUGUUCUCCUCUGCUAGUAAGAGAUGAAGCUCUGUUGGCCCACUCCAGGCCAGAGAGGCAUGUUGCUGCUGUGGCCAAUUCUCCUCUUUUUCAGUGUUUUUCCCCCUCCUCUGCAUCAACAUUAUUUUAACCUGGUUAAAGGACAAGAAGGCCAAAUAAUUAUUCUGUUGAGUAUAAAUAAUAAUCAAGAUAUCAAUUCUAAAAUAUAUAUUUUUUAUAUCUACUACUUUCCCGUACAAUCUUUUACCUGUUUAACCAGGAAGCACAGGUGAUAGAUAGGAUGAGUUUUUUUUGUUACUUGUAGUGAAUAUGAUCAAAUUCACUUUUAUUUCAAUUAUGUUUCUGUGUUCUUCAUGUAUUUGUUUACAAGUGUACUUGACCUGAAAUGUCUCCCUCAAUGAUCCAUAAUUCAUUGGAUUUCAUUUGAAAAUGAACUACACUAAUUAAAUAAACAUAGGCCUGGAAGUCGCAUCUGGGUAAUUUAUACACAUUCAUUGUAAUUCUUAACUGCAGUGUAGCUUUAACAUUCUUGAUCACAGGUACAGCACUACCUCAGAUAUUUUGUGGGCGAUCGACGCUACACGCUUUUUAUAGUUGCAGACUAGAUAAGCCUGAGAGAGUUAUUUGUAUUUUUAAAUCAGUGGAAUGUUCAACUAAAACUGCGAACCCAAUGCUGAACUCUUUUUGAAAAAGGGAUGUUAAUAAUUACAUAUUUGAAAAUGGGGAAAACCUUUGUAAUUAUUUUUGGAAUACAACAAGAGCUCAUUUCUACUGCUGUAUGUGGAGAAAAAUAAACAAUUAUCUACAUAUAUUUUCAAACGGAAAUAUUUUCACAAGUUUAAAACAUUUGUAUCGCUUUGACACCAUCAUACCAUGUUUACGGCUGUAUUUCAUGCUACAAAGGGAGAGUUUGUGGAAUAUCUGUUAGCAAUACGUUUAUCAGUUCCUUAAACUAUACUCAAUGUUUAUGGCAAAACCAAUAAUUUUAAAAAUAUAUGCUGCAUUGAUUUUACAAAAGCAAGAUGCAAAACCACAAAUCUAAACCACAGAUUUGUUUUUAUUUUUUUAAUAAAUAUUUUUACCAACCAUGAAAUUCAUGUGUUGCAUUUCAUUUGGAAGUACUUUGUCUGGAGAGUGUGCCAUGUUAUGGUUUCUUAAUGGACAUGUGGCAUGAAUGGAUCAGGGGCUUCUGAAGAAUUUAUUUUGCUGGUUGAAAUGAUUUUUACAUGCUUAUCAUGUAAGAUGCUAGGUCCUUCAGGAUAUGUUCUUAUUGCAUUUUGUAAAGCUCCUGAUUAUUUCUAUGAGGUAUGUCUACUUUUAUCUUUAUACAUGAAUAUGAAUAAAUGAUUUAAUAUGGUGUGUAACGGUUAAUGUAAAUAGUUUAUUUCCAUUUAUUUGUACAUAAUGUCUUUGAAUAUGAAUAGUUUCUAAAAUGAUCCUUUCCCAAUUUUAAGGGAAUGUUGUGCAAUAAAGAUGCCAAUGUUGUUGAUA